CUCUCUAACAACUCCCUCAUUCGCCUCCAUUUGUAGUAAGUCCUCUCUCUCUCUAUUUUCUCUCUCUAUCUCUGUUCUCGAACCUCUGCGGCGAAUUCCUUCUCUCUAUAACCGAAGAGUAUGAACGCGCCAUAAGCGUCGUCGUCUUCGUCGUCGUCAUCGUCAUCAUCAACGGGAUUCCUCCCAUCGCCCCUCCUCCUCUCCCACCGCAUGGCCUUCCACAACCACCUCUCCCACCAGGACCUCUCCUCCCUCCACCACUUCGCCGCCGACCAGCAGCCGCCGCCGCCGCAGCACCAGCAGCAGCAGCAGCACCUGCCGGACUCCUCCUCCUCCGUCCACCACCAGCUCCACCACGCCGCCGGCCCCAACUGGCUCAACACCGCCCUCCUCCGCUCCGACGCCGCGGCGGCGGCGGCGGCGGCGGCGGCGGGCGGCAACAGCUUCCUCAACCUGCACACCUCGUCCGACUCCGCCGCGUCGCCGCAGGCGCAGCAGCAGCCGCCGGCGACGUCCGCGUCGGCCGCGGCGGGGCACCACCAGUGGCUGUCGCGGCAGCACUCGUCGCUGCUGCAGCGGAACCACAGCGAGGUCAUCGACGCGGACUCGAUCAUCGACUCGGCGGAUUUGAAGGAGAGCGUGAGCAAGGGGGACGGCGGGGGCGGCGGGGCCGCGGAGAGUAAUUGGGAGAAUGCCAAGUACAAGGCGGAGAUAUUGGCGCACCCGCUGUACGAGCAGCUGCUGUCGGCUCACGUGGCUUGCCUGAGGAUUGCCACGCCGGUCGACCAGUUGCCGAGGAUCGACGCUCAGCUGGCUCAGUCGCAGCAUGUGGUGGCCAAGUACUCGGCGAUGAGUCAAGGAUUGGUCGCUGAUGAUAAAGAGCUUGAUCAGUUCAUGACACAUUAUGUCCUCUUGCUUUGCUCUUUUAAAGAACAACUGCAGCAACAUGUCCGUGUCCAUGCCAUGGAAGCUGUAAUGGCAUGCUGGGAGAUUGAGCAAUCCCUGCAAAGCUUAACAGGUGUUUCUCCUGGUGAAGGUACUGGGGCAACAAUGUCUGAUGACGAAGAUGAUCAAGUUGAUAGUGACGCCAACUUGUUUGAUGGAAGUUUAGAUGGUACAGAUAGUUUGGGAUUUGGUCCUCUCAUUCCAACUGAGACUGAGAGAUCAUUAAUGGAGCGUGUUAGGCAAGAGUUGAAGCAUGAACUGAAACAGGGGUAUAAGGAAAAGAUUAUUGAUAUACGAGAAGAGAUUCUUCGUAAGCGAAGAGCAGGAAAACUUCCUGGUGACACCACCUCGGUUUUGAAGCAAUGGUGGCAAACACACUCCAAGUGGCCAUAUCCAACGGAGGAGGACAAGGCAAGGUUGGUGCAGGAAACUGGCUUGCAAUUAAAGCAGAUAAACAACUGGUUUAUCAACCAGAGGAAGAGAAACUGGCACAGUAACCCGUCCACCUCUACUGUCCUGAAGAGCAAGCGCAAAAGUAAUGCAGGUGAAAAUAGCAGUGACCGCUUCAUGUAGAUUAAGGAAAAUUGUAAACUAAACUCCUUCCGAGUUGUGCAUGUGCUCAUGAUCCAGUGGCACAUAUGGUUGGUGGCAAAUGAAGCGCGAAUUUCUUUUGAUUCUGUAGAGGAAGAGCCUAACAUAGAUGAGAAAAAUCUGCCCACUUUCUGCUGCUGUAAAGGAACCACAAACUAAAUUCGGAGGGCAGAUCCAAAACUUAUACCCGCAUCACGUGGAAGUCCUGGAAUAAAGAUUGCUGUCUCGUAAAUUAUGUGAAACGAUUCUGCUGCAUCGGCUGAUGGGUGUAAUUUUUGUUUACCAUAUUCAUAUAUGUGAAUAAGUACAGAGAAGGGUUGUGGGUGUAUAGUACAAUAGCUCUCGUUUAGUUCCAUACACGUAUAGUAGAUAGAGAUUAUAGCAUGUUAGGUGUUGUCAUUUCUACUGUAGUGUACGCUUGUGAAGCAAAUGUAGCUUGGUCUUGAUUAACACAAAUCUGUCUGCUUUGGCUGAUGUA